CAACUUAAGAUGAAAAUUGCUGCAAAGUUAACUCCUAACAUGAUUGGCACCAUCUGCGAGGGUAUUGCUUCUUGCACCACUGUGUCACAAAGGCGCACUGAUAGCAUUACCUCACUGCGUCAUGCUAUGUUUGAGCAUUUAGCCUGGGACUUCCACUUUUAUUGCAGUGGUGGAUCAGCAAUACAAAUAGUCUCAAGUUAGUGGAAUCAGCAAGUGUCUUUGAACAUUGUACCCGAGGAAAUUUUGAAGGCCACCUUACAGUAAUUAUAGGAUUAAACCUUUGACCCAGACUGACAAAAACUCAGCUAUUCUCAAACCAGCCAAGAGUGUUAUUAUGCAAGAGGUAACUCUGCACAAAGUGUUUAUUAGUUGACUUCAUUUCAGUGCAUAGGGUUACAUUAUUAUAGUACACGUAAUGGUAACCCCUUAUUAAAGCAAACACAAACCCACACAGGCCCUGUCGCUGCGUCUCCCCGAACAUUCCCUUCACAGCUUGUGUUGCUGCCUAUUUGAACGCGGCUCAGUAAUCCUGGUUCUGAGAGCACAAAGGGCCCCAGAGUGCUGGUGAUGCAAGCACUGUGUCCAGCUCGUACCCCACUGCUCUCCCUUCACCCACAUGCUGCCCUGGAGGGCGGGGGGCGACAAGGAGGAACCCUGAAGACAACCAACCGUCGAUGACACUUGCAGACUGCCUGUCUGCUCUGUUUCAGAGUCCUGCUGGUGAUGUGAUGAUGACCUGGGACACAGUGGGAAGGAGAAAGUGUUACGGAUCACUGUAGAGGAAUGCAGCUGAGCCGCGGCGAGCUCUGGAUCCGUACAGCGUGACCACGGGAGCAGACUCAGGGACUUUCGCUGCCUCGCUUUAAAACCCUUACUGUGCGUUAUUUGGAGAAGGUCACGUUGCCACAGGUCUCCAAUGGACUUGCUGCAGGAUUCCAGUCCCACUAUGUGGCGACUGAACGCCCGUUUGAAAGGCUUCCUGGAGCAAGUGAACAGGCUGCAGGAGGCCAACCAGCGGCUGGAGGCUCAGAUAGCCGACCGGUCCGCAAGGAGCACAUCCCGGUCCCGGGACUGGUCCCUGCAGGAAAACAUUGUUCAGGAGCUCCGCGUCCAGGUUGGUAACCUGCUGAUGGAGAAUGCCCAGCUGGCAUUGCAAUCUGACACCAUGAAGUCCAGAGCUGCUGACAUCCAGGCCAGGUGUGAGACGGAGGAGAGGAACACCAGGCGUCUGGAGCGACAGGUUGUUCUGCUCAGGGAGUCAAAGACGAAGGCAGAUCAGAGCAGCGUGACGCUGCAGGCAGACCUUCGGCUCUCCAUGUCAAAUCUGCAGGAGAUGCACCGGGAGUUUGAGGCAGCCCGGGCUCUGCAGCUGCAGCGGGCCGGCUCAUGCGAUGUGCUGUUAGCGACGGCCAGAGCAGCAGCAGUAGCGAGAGGGGAGGAGGAGGAUGGCACAGGGAUGGAGCUCACCCAGCUCCUCGACCGAAUCAGAGCGCAGUGUGACCAGGGUGGACUUCCGGGCCUGGGCGAGAGACCCCUCGGCCCGGGUGCCGUGUCAAAUCCACUCCCCCCCGGCCUGGUCGGGCCCAGCCGCUCUGGAGCAGCAUCCGGAUCACACAGAGGGGUUCUCAGUGAGGAAGAGGCAGUGUGGAUGCAGGUGAGCCUCGGCGGCGCUGCCUUGAGGGAGGCCCGGGCAGAACUGGCUGAGGCUCGGAAGCAGUGGCACUCGCUGCAGGUGGAGAUUGAGACCCUACAUGCCUUGGAGAAAGGCCUGGAGAGCUCCCUGCAGAACACCCAGCAGCUGUACUCCAGCCAGCUGCAGGACCUUUCCCGGGUGAUCGCUGGGCUGGAGAGCGAGCUGGAGCAGGUGAGGAGCGGGCUGGCAACACAGCGCCAGCGCCACAGCCAGCUCAUCAACACCAAGAUGAGGUUGGAGCGAGAGAUCAGCACUUACCGACGUCUGCUGGAGCGCGAAGAGGGCAGGUACAUGGGCCGUAGUGGGCAGCCGACGGGCUUGUGGCCCUCGAGGUUUUCAGUGGAGGAGCCUCAGGAGAACGGGAUAGAGUACGGCUUCAGUGAUCCUGCAAUUACUCCGGAUGAACCCAAGUCUGAGCCCCUGCCUGAAAUACCUUCCCUCCUCCCAGCAGGCAGCGGGCUGAAUAAAAGCAUACUGCAUAGACAGCAAAGCCUUGUGAUUCUCACGGAGCCAGAAAAAGAUAAAGACUUGCCAAUCUCCACGGUAAAGACUCAGGAGAUUCUUCAGGGCAAUGUAGUGCGAGAGAGUGCUGAGGGUCACGGCACCAUUGAGACUGAAAGGAUUGACGAGGUGAUAAAGCAGUGGGAGGGCUCCUUCUUCCGAGGGAAUCCUAAACUGCGGAAGAAGUCGGUGUCACUGCGCUUCGAUCUGCACAUGGCUGCAGCAGACGAGGGGUGUGCCCAGGCCAAACAGAACAGCCUCCCCGACGUGGAGGUGUGUCUGAUUAUGAAGAGAUCUCGCAGCAUCCCAACAAUCCCACAGUGACUUUAACUGGCAUCGCAGCUGUUUGUGGAACCCAUGGCGAUGAAGUUACAGAAAUUACAGCUGCAUCAUUGACUUCUGUGAUAUUACCCUCCAUAGCCACUGCAGUUUUUUUCUUCAGUCACAACUUUCAUUGAGCUGUUCUCUCAUCAAAUCUGGACUAUGACACGAGUAGUAUACAAGUAUUACCUAUUAGGAUGAGGGUCAAGUUUAUAGUUUCAGAUAACUAUCAUCAAAUAUCACAGAUUGACAUCCAUUGCCCUACAGAGGAAAAACAUUUCAAUAUGUAAACAUAUUUCUUCAUCAUCACUGGAUGAAGUGUCUCUGAAUACUGUCAUUGUUUCUGUAUGAGGUCCCUACACUAAAGAGAUUAUACCAUAUGACUCUGUUUAACUUACUCUAAUUAACACUUGGCCCGGGAGGCUGAGUUCACAGGUAGAUGGAGAUAAGAUGGAGCUGCUGUGAACUCUCAAAAAGUGGAUUUUUAGCAUUUACUUUCUUUAAAAGACUGUAUAAAAAUGAUCAGGGGGAGAGGUCUGUACAAAAAAGGAAAUAGUACAGACCUCUUCAUGACUCUGCAAUCACAUUACACAAGCAGCUCCAACAUUCACUAUAUUCUGCAUUUCAACAGAGCUUCAGUAAACUUUAAGUAAAAGGUAUUUAUUUUAGCUAUAGUGUAGUUCUGUUAUUAGCCAUCUGUUUGAAUAAGAAAAUCGUAUAUAUUCUUUGUGCGCUUCUAUUAAAUAAAAUGGCAAAUUUAAUUGCAAUACAGCUGUAUAACUUGGGAGGGUGUUGCAAUGUUUUCUUAGUGGAGUCAGGAUGCCGAAGAGAGAUCAUGCUUUUUAAAAGGUGAAAAUAAUGUACCACUCACCCGCCUAAUCAUUUUUCUAUAGUCCCUAAAUGCUUGCACUGCUGACACAUGCAGCAGAAUGUCGGCACUGAUAGAUGAGCCUGAUUGUGUGUAUUUUGAGCUUUUUUUUCCGAUGUAUUAUCGCAAAAAAAUCAACAGCAACACAGCUCACUGUGAUUUCAACAGCACCGAGGCUCUUAAUGCUCAACAAGGGUCUCAGAGAACCUGCCUCAACCACAGGAGGGCAGUAUUUGUAAAGAGAUAACUGUUCAGUCAAUGCUCCAUCAGUUGCACUUUUAUAUGCAAAAUUUUGAGUUUCACCAAAGAUAGAAAUAAGAAAAUGACCAUAGUGCAUUGCAUUUGGGUGCUUCAGAAGGUGUUAUAUAAAGGUAUUAUCUAUGCAGUUCUGUGCUUAAUUUUGCUUUUUUUCUUCAUUAAACCCACUUCAUUUUUGAAGCUACGUAACUUCAGAAUGAGGAAUCAUGCUUUUAUCUAAAACUUUGUUAAAAAUAAAAGAAAUUGACUGAU